CACCCCAUGUAGCAAAUUUCGGAGCCCAUCCCCGAUCCUCGUCCUCGUAGCUCCCGCCGAGCCUCUCGGCAAUGCUCGGCGCGGCGCGGCAUCCGCCGUGGCGGACCAAUGGGCGGACGGUGAGAUCGCGCCAACCGCCCCCCGAGAGUCAUGUCUGACGCUUGCCGGGCGGGCAUCUCAGUCCUCUGGUGUUGCUCUGGGGCCUCUCGGCAAGCUGGUAACGAGCCUUGGGAGGUCUUGGGAGACUUGGGACCAAGAAUCCUUCCCACUCAAAGGGCGCUCCUGGCUGGCUGACGACGCGGCCGAAAACUGGAGUCUGUAAAGCUCAUUUGUCUUGUCAUUUUCGCCUGUCAACGAUGGACUGCACGAUGGGUGUGGCUCUGUAGGGGGGGGACCAUGAGAACGACGGAGAGAAGAAGUCUUCUGGAACUCCCUCGACGAUUGUUGUUGUUGUUGUCGUCGUCGUCGUCGUCGUCGUCGUCGUCGUCUACGUUGGAGUCGAGUGACACUACAACAUUGCACAGAUGAGGCUCUUCCGCGCUUAUCCUGCAAUGGUGUAGCUUGCAUUUCCACUCCCCGACGAUGGCGGACGGCGGAGGGGAGGGCAGGGGAGGGACACAGCAACGCCGGACGACGACACACCAUCGGAAGACGGCCGGCCGUCUCUUUACCUUGUUCGGUGUCAUUCCGCCCACCAACAAGCCCCCAUCGUCACCGCCAAGUUUGCUGCUCGAGCCAAGGCCAAUACCCAGAGACGAACACUCCCCCCCCAGCGUAUCCCACUGACUCGACCAGUCAGUCUCUGUUGUCCUAUCUCUUGGUCGUGUGUCCGCCGUCCAUGCUCGGCUUAAUUCCAUGAGUCCAAGGAAGACUCCUGUCGAGGCGGGGCCCACUCAUCUUCCUCUCUCUCACACUCUCGCCUUUAUCAAUACCGUCACGGAUACCACCUCGGGAACUGCAGUACACACGCUCCAUCGCGAACGACACCCUGGUCUCUUCCACACGCGCGCGUGCCCCUUCGCGCCUCUCGUCUCCCGUCCCUCGUCUCUCAGUCUCUCGGGUCCCACGCCGCGACUGUGACCCUCCCUGCCUCUCCUCCAGAGAUCAUGUCUCCCUCUCACGCGUCCGAGGCAAGCCGGACAGACCAGGGAUUGCCAAAUCCAGAAUCGCGGAUCGGCCAAAAAGUCACUCUCAAGUCCCCCCCAGGUCCCCAUGUCCCAAGUCCCCAAGUCGCCCGGCCCUAAUCGAAGGCGAUUCGACUGGGUGGGUAACGCGGGGGAUGGGAUGGAUCCUCUUACACCUUCCUUUCGCGUGAAAGAUGCCAACUGCUGUGCCCUCUCACAGCGCUCUGGCAGCUCUGUGCCUUUCUGGUUUUGCCUCCUUGGCGGCGAGAGAUAUACGUGCCGUAGCGUGCGCCCUAUCUCGGUGAAACUACCCCUCCUCGUCCUCCUCGUCCUCCUCCCCUUCCUGAAGGUAUCUAUCUCCCAGCCGAAUCGGCAAACCGCCCACGCGAGCUGCCGCCCCGUUCGCCCCCUUCCUUGAGUGCCCCCCCCCCUUCUCCUCCAAGAUGUAGCCGGAACUGCCCUUUACACCGCAGACAGCCGAUCCUGGCUCGCCACAUGCUUUGGCUCUGAGAGAUAGACAAGACUUUUUCCUGGCGCAGCCCAUGAGAUAAGCCGGACCGACCCACGAGCCCGGCUGUUCUUCACGUAGUAUAUAUCCCUCUCUCGAGGUCGCCGAUCCGGGUGCCAAAGCUUCCCUUCCCCUCUCUCGUUCCCUUCGUUCCCCUUCUUCAGCGUGGCAUCGGAUCUUGAGACUCGUUGCGGACUCGUGUAUCCAACCAACUCUUUCUCACAAGCCGUUCAGUCCCUUCCCUCGUUCAUCUCCAGAAGCCUCCUCCCCUUCACUGUUGUAUAAGACGUCCGUCCGCCGGCUCAAGAAAGCAGUCCCGCCACGAUGGAGAAGUCGGAGUACGGAACCGCCGACAAGGCCGUCCAGGAGAACUCCUCCAUGGAGCAGGUCCAGCAGCAGCCCUCUGUGACGUCGGGGGAGUCUGUCCACGAGAAGAAGCCGUGGUGGCACCCGGUCAUCGAGCCCGGUUCCGCCGUGCAGAUCAUCAUCGCCGCCGGCAUCGCCGUUGCCAUCGGCCUGGGUGUCAAGUCCGUCCAUCCGGACAUCCCAUCGGCGGCCACCACCAUUCUCAUCAUCCCCGGUAACCUCUGGCUGCGCGCCCUCAAGGCCGUCGUCCUGCCCCUUAUUGUCACGGCCAUGAUCCUCGCCGUCCAGAAGCUCAAGGAGAUCACCAACGGCGGCGCCAAACUCGCCAAAUGGACCAUCGGCUACUACGUCAUCACCACCAUCGUGGCCAUCGUCCACUCCAUCAUCAUGACCUCCCAGGUCUGGGCCCGGCUCAUGACCGUUGCCUCGGCCGAGUCCAUCGCCACGGACAGCAUGUCUGAGAAGGACCAGGAGUCGUACGAGUCGCGCAAGGACCAGGACAUCCCCGCUACCGUCACGGAGCUCUUCAACUCCCUGAUUCCGGCCAACGUCGUCGACGCCCUCGCGUCCGACCACCUGCUCGCCGUGCUCGUCAGCGCCGUCGUCGUCGGCUACCUCAUCGACGACCGCGGCGGCCGCUCCGCCAUCAUCAAGGCCGUCCGCGAGGUCGAGACCCUCAUCAUGGUCAUCAUCACCUUCCUCAUCAAGCUCGCUCCCAUCGGUGUCUUCUUCCUCAUCUUGCCCAACAUGUUCAAGCUCAACAUCAACGACAUCGGCGUCAACCUCGGCAUCCUUAUGGGCGGCGCCAUCAGCUCCAUGUUCCUGCACCUCUUCGUAGUCCUGCCCAUCAUCUUCUUUGCCUUCACCCGCCAGAACCCCUACACUGUGUGGUUCAGCUGCUCGCCCGCCUGGCUGACCGCCUGGGGCACCGCCUCCUCCGCCGCCACCCUGUCAGUCACCAUGCGCUGCUGCCGCGAGACUCUCAAGAUCCCCGAGACGGUCAACAAGUUCGCCGUACCCCUGGGCUGCCUCGUCAACAUGGACGGCACCGCCAUCUACUUCCCCAUCGUCGUCGUCUUCCUCGCCCAGACCCAGGGCCACGUUCUCAACGCCGCCGACUACAUCAUCAUCCUGCUGCUGUCGACCCUGGCCUCCAUCGGCACGACGCCCAUCCCCAGUUCCUCGCUUGUGCUGACCGUCAUGAUCUCGUCGAGCGUCGGCAUCCCGCCCAGUGGAAUGUACGGCGUCGUCGUUGCCAUCGACUGGUUCAUCGACCGCUUCCGCACUGCUACCAACGUCAGCGGUGACUUGUUCGCCGCCGUUAUCGUUACCAAGAUGACUGGCAUCACUGACCCCGACGACGGCUCAGAGAAUGUUGUUCGGGAGUUCAGCCAGAACCAGAACGAUGAGCGUGUCUAAGGGUUUUGUGUUUGUUUUCAUAGGGUUUGGAAUGGGAAUAUAAUGUGCAACAAAGAGAGGAAGAAAGAUAUGGGACGUAGAAGCGAAUACCACUUUUGAUUCGAUCGUUUGCAAAGAAAACAACCCUUUUCGCUCUGUGAUAUAUUUCAACUCCCC